AAGUGUAUUCGAAGCAAAAGAAAUGGCUAUUGAAUAUAAGAGUUUUAUAUAUUCACUUCCAAUUUCUAUAGAGGCAAAAGCAUUUUUUGUACGUGAUCUUGAAGAGAAUUGGAUAAGUCAAGAGUGGAUUCUUGGCUUUAUAGAUGAUGGGCGUUUACCAAAUUAUGAAGAUAGAACUAAUGAGCGAUAUUCAGGUACUCAAACAGUGUUAAGUUUUAUUGAACAACUUUAUGGUAUUAAAGUUGUUCGUUCAAACCUUACAAAUAAUUAUAGUCAGUUAGUUUUUAAUGCAGGACUUGUUACAUAUUGGAACUCACGUACUAUUGAACAUCAAAAUGGAUUAUAUAGACCACAACCAGAUAUAGUACGUCGUAUUAACCAAGGAAGAUUGAAAGUGCUACAAAACUAUAUUAUUGAAGUUCCAGACAAGCAAAAUUUAUUUUAUGUACAUAUGAGCAAUUCACAGCAAAACACUUUUCGAUCUCCAUAUACAGCAGAUAAAAUUAA